CUGUUUUAUAUCUACAGGAACUUGAUUCCUGAAAAUGAAAUGAGAAGAAUAUUUGGUUCAAGAGUUAUACAAGCUGAACAGAGACGCAAUAGAAAUCGACAAAGAAUUCAUCAGAAAACUUCAAGACUAGCACAACCUAAAGAUACAUGGGCUCCUUAUUCCAAAACUGGUUUAUCUAUGAACUUAUUAGAAAAUAGAAGAGGUUAUCAAUAUUUUGAAUAUGAACACAAUUCAGCCUAUAGAGAAGUUCAGUUUUUAUUUCUUGAUGCUGUUGAAUCUCUUAAUCCUCAGAGCAUUGUAGAUUUGUUGCAUCUCCAUCCUUAUCAUAUUGGUGGCUUAAUACAACUUAGUGAAAUAUUUCGAAUGAGCGAAGAUAUGGCUGCUGCAGCUGAACUUAUAGAAAAAGCGUUAUUUGCAUUUGAAUGUGCCUUUCAUCCAUUGUUUAGUUUAACAAGUGGUAACUGUAGAUUAGACUAUAGAAAACCAGAAAACAGGGGAUUCUUCUUGUGUCUAUUUAAACAUUUAUUAAAUGUUGGUCAGAAGGGAUGCUAUAGAACAGCUUUAGAAUUAUCCAAAUUAUUAUUAAGUCUAGAAGCUGAUGAAGAUCCACUAUGUGUGUUAUUAUGUAUUGAUUUCUAUGCCUUACGAAGUGAACAGUAUGAGUUUUUAAUAAGGUUAUAUGAAGAAUGGGAAGCCCAUAGAAAUUUAUCACAGCUACCAAAUUUUGGCUUCUCAAUUCCUCUGGCAAAGUUUCAUUUAGCAACUACUGAUGAAUUGUUAGAUAAAGCUGAUAAUUUGUUACAAGAAAGUUUGUUGAUGUAUCCAGGGUUUUUAAUGCCAAUGGUAGAAAAAUGUGGAAUAACUCCUGACCCUACAGUAACAGGACAUCAUUUCUUUCAAUAUAGUGCUCAAACUAGUCAAACAGAUUCUUUGAAACAAUUAACAACAUUAUAUGUACAGAGAACCUAUUCUUGUUGGAAGGAACCUGAAGUUAUGGAAUGGUUAGAAAAAAAUGUUCGUACUGUUUUAACACUAGUUGAUAAUAAAGACAGUAGAGUUGUACGAUGUAAACAGCUCCGGUUGAGAAGAUAUCAAGGUACACCAAGAAAUAUAUUACGUCAUAUUAUUUUAUCUGAAAUAAAAGAUGUUACAGCUCAUCUACCCCCUGAAUUGGCAAAUACACCAAUGUUGAGCUAUGAUCCACUUCCACCAACAGAUUCAUUUGAAACUUAUCAAAGACCUGGAAGACCAACUCAAGCUCAAGAAGCAAGCAAUCCUUUAUCACUAUUCUUAAGAUCUCUUCUGCCAAACUUUAAUGCAAAUGAAGAUGCUGGAGCUGUAGGUGGUGAUGAAACAAGAAAUAAUUUACAAAAUGGUGUUGGUGCUCUGAUGACUGCUAUGAGAGAUUUAUUAAAUAAUAUAAGACCAGUAGAACCACCUGUAGAAAAUCAGCAUAAUGGACAGGAAGAUGAUCAUGAAGAAAAUGAAGGUGACUGGGAUUAA